CGCGCGCAGACCGCAGUAAUACAACAGACGGCGGUAUAUUGACACCGGUUUAUCUUUAUUAUUAUUAUUUUAAAAACUUUGUCUCAGUGAACAUAUUAAGAAUUACAAAAAUGUUCUGGUACCUCAUAAUAGCCAUGUUGCAGUUCGACCUGAUUAGCAGCAGUGCUAUUACCGACUUUACCGGUAACAGAGAAAUGGUGAUGGCUUUUGUGGUCAACCGCCAUGGUGAAAGAACACCAGAUCUAGAUGAGCUGUCUCUAUCGGACCAAAAGGACAAAUUGUUGAAUUUAACAUACAUCGAAGGUGUAGAGGGACUGACAAAUACUGGUAAACGAAGAGCGUUCCAAAUUGGUAAAUUUAUUCGGCAAAGAUACGGUGCUCAAGGUUACGGCCUGUUGUCUGGCCUUUAUCUUCAAGAUGAGAUAGCUUUAAGAAGUACUGAUAAGGAGAGGACAAAGAUGACUGCUCAAAUGGCUAUGGCUGCUUUAUACCCACCAGAAGUUGACCAACAAUGGGACGAGGGUCUGGGAAAAAUUUGGCAACCAGUUCCUUACACUGCAGUUCCGCUGUCUGAAGACUAUCUGCGUUAUUACUCAAACUGUGACCGUUUUAAUGAGCUGAUGAAGCAAGCUAAAGAUGAAGCAAUUAACCAAGAGUUUCAGCAAUUUAAAGAUCUGGCGACGAUAGUGAAGAAGGAAACUGGACGUAACUUCACAGAGGAUCCACUUUUGUAUGAAACGCUCUUCGAUUUAUUCAAGAGUCAGGUAAGCCUAGGUCUAGACAUUCCUGAAUGGGCAAAACCCUUACUGCCAAAAUUAGGAGAGGCAGCGAGACUUGCGUACAGGCUGUACUUUAGAUACGACGAGAUGAAGAAAAUCGGUGGCGGGGUUAUCCUAAACAAUUUCAUACAAGCCGCAUCAGACAUAUCAUCAGGGAAGCCUGUCAAGAAGCGGUUCCGCAUGUUUUCUGCCCACGACUUCAACAUCGGCUCCAUGAUGGAGGUGACCAGGGUUAUCAGACACGAGCAGAGCAACCCUGAAUAUGGCUCCUUAUUUGGUUUAGAGCUAUACCGAUCCAAAAGCAACGGAGAUUUCACUGUUGUGGCAAUUUAUUUACCCAGAGCUGGUGAAUCAACUGCGCAAUCACUACACAUCACUGGCUGCGAAUCGAGCUGUCAUUGUAGUUUGGACAAGUUCAAGGAGAUCACCAACGAGUUCUUACUACCUGAAAAAGAAUUUUACAAUAUAUGUAAUACAAGAACGGAACUGUGAUAAUUACUAUAAGUAUUAUUAAAUUUGUUUAAUUAAGAAAAAUAAAUUAAUGUAAUGUAUUUCUCGAA